GCCCCUGCCCCGUUGCCAUGGUGACAGUUGCCCCCCCCCGCUCCCUGGCGCCCCCCGCAGGCUGCCCCCGCACCCUGCACCGCUCGGUGCACGAGAGGAUCUUCACCCUCCCCGAGAGCUGCCGCAUCUACCCCGGCCACGACUACAGGGGCCACACGAUGUCCACGGUGGGGGAGGAGCGGCGGCUCAACCCCCGCCUGACGCUGAGCCCCGACGAGUUCGUGACGCUGAUGGAGGGGCUCAACCUGCCCCGGCCCCGCCUCAUCG